GGUUAGGGUUAGGGUUGAAGGACCUUCUUAAGUAAGAUGUGCUGGCGGCGGUGAGUUGGGAAGGAAAGGGAAGAAAAGCGGACUAAGCUGCUUAGUUUGGGAAAGAAGAGGGAGCAGAGAGGGAAGCUCGCAGCUGAGCGGAGAGAGCGGCCAGUGCGCAGCGAAGGCAAAGGGGCGGUUUGUAGCAGCCCCAGAGAAGUGGCGUGAAGGAGCCGGGAGCGCAGAGCAGUGGAGCCGGGAGCAGCCCAGAAGCGCGCAGGGAGAGCGGGACAUUAGCCGCAGGGAGCGCCCCGCCCGCCAGCACCGGAGGACGGUCCGGAGGCUGCCCCCCGCCCGGGGGCGUGGGGAAUGGGGUUGGCGGAGCCCGGCAGAUGAAAAACCGCCCCUUUGAGUCGCAAGAUACAAUCGGAUUGGAGGAAUAGGAGCGGCUGCCAAAUUCAGGUGGUUGUUUAAGAGAUCGAUUACGUGCAGUCAUAGGAGUGCCCGCAAAACUGGAAGUGGGUCCUGAAGAGAGGAGAGAGUUGGACCGAAGUUUUCUCAUCUCACUGAGCACGUGUUGAUCCCCUAUCUGCGUCAGCACUGUGUCAAUAGAUGACUACUACCGGCAGCAGGCUAGACUAUUUAAGAGAGAGCUUUUCCAAACCAUCAUAACUUCUCGAACCUGGACACUCGUCACAUCUCUCUGGGUCGAACUAGGAAGCUUCCAUCAUAUUUUAAAGCUAUGUACAGAAGUCUCAGCAUCUUCCUGCUCCUCGCUGUCCUGUCAGCAAGCUCCUUGGGACAGCAGCCAAAAGAAUCCAGCCAUGUCAACCCAGGGCUUCCUGAGUUUGAGCAGAGCCUGGCUGCCCAGCACCGGCAUGCCCGUGCUCCUGCCUCCCCCAGUCAACUGAAGCCUCUACAGAGAGCCGAUGGAAAUACAGACUCCAGGAACAGCUUUGGGGCUUUGCUGGCCAAGUACAUCCAGCAAGCCAGGAAAGGUUCUUCUGCUCGAAUGCCAGUCAUCAAAAACCUCCAGAGCAUUGACCCCAACCACAGGAUAAACGACAGAGAUUACAUGGGCUGGAUGGAUUUUGGGCGCCGCAGUGCUGAGGAAUAUGAAUAUUCCUCCUGAAGAGGGUCAGAACCUAACCGGAAUCUAAACUCACCAUACUCCAUAGAAAAAUAAUAUUAACAAAACCAAUCAUUUGUCAUCUCUACAAAUUGAUGUUUUAAAUAUACAUCAUAUAUAUUUAAGUAUUUGAUGUAAAAAAAGAAAAUCUGCCUGUAAAACUGUAUGAUGUAAUAUACAUAUAUACAGCAUUUUCCAAAACAGAGAAAAAAAUUCAUGCUUCCUUUCUCUAUGAUUUCUGGUCCUAUACAGUUGAUAUGAUAUUAAAUCUCAUUCACUCCUCUUAGCCUGGUGUUGUUGGCUGUUUGGCAAUGAACUACAUCAAGUUGUGUGUUAAGAAAGAUCAAUGUCCCAGCCUAAUGAUUGUAUGUUAAGAUCCUGUAUGAUCAUUUUAGUGAUCAAGGGUACUGGGGAGCCCAGUCCAAAUCCAGGUUAAAGCGGUUGUCCUUUACCAUGGCUAUGUUGUUUUAGAAUCAGUAAUCCAUAAGAUUCAGCUCUACCUAGAAUUAUAUAUUCUUAAUCUAUGGCUUUUGGCAACCCCUGCCAUUCUUAGCUCUGCUUUCUCUUUUCCUUUCCAAUUGCAAGUUGACCCAUGAGACAUCUGCUAAUUGCUAUAAUUCAUGGAAUAAAUCAAAUAUUCUCUGGCU